AGACAAAUCCGGGUUUGGUAGAGAGUGGAAUACCAUCGUCCGUUCGGUCUACCUUCGUCAUCCUCUAUUGCCAUUCAGAUCCUAAUACCUCCCACCUGUCUCACGUGUACCCAAGUUAUACCCGUGGGUAUGAUGCUGCCCUCAUCGGUGCGGCGGGUCGUUUCCGUUGCACCUCAAUCCUCCUCUCUGCUUUCUGGCUUUGCGCCCGCAACAGCUGCUCGUGCGACUGCAGCUGCCGCCUUCAGUUCCACGCGCAACCCCAGGUGUCAGCAGCGGAGGCGUUACUCUUCCUCGAAGCCCUCAAACCCCAGUGACUCGCCUAAAGGGCUCCCAGAUGGUCAGAUCACUACUGCACCCGCGCAGUCUGCGAAAACAAGCGGGGAGAAACGCGGCAGACGCAAGGCCAAGGAUGCAGCAGCCACUGGGCUAGGUGAUCUGCCCAGCGUCCCCAGCACCCAACAUGUGCCGAUGAAAGCUGUCGCCUUAUCAUCCUUCUUCUCGCUACACCGACCCAUGUCGGUCACCCAAGACUGCCCUAAAACUGUGUCCGACGAUGCAUUCGCCCAGAUCUUUGCCUCGCGCACGAAAGGGAACAAGCCAAGCGAUGUCAUGGCCACCAUCUCGAGGACCAUCGACGAUCUCGAACAACCCCAGAAUGACUUCAACCAGCCGACCCAAAACGAGGCCAACGACGCCAACAUGCAUAAGAUCGACGUCAGGAAUGCGGAUGGCUCCGAGUCCAGCAUGUACGUGCAACUGAACGCCAUGUCCGGCCAGUUUCUCCCCUUCCGACCGCCGCCUCUGCCGCAACCCGAGUCGGCUGUGCCGUCCGUCGAGACGGGAGCCCCAGAAGCAGUGGAAGAGGCGGCGCCCCAACAUCGCGUCUACAAGGCCAUCUUCACCCUCGAGGAAACCACCGACACGAACGGUGAGGUGCGGAUACUAGCCCAUAGUCCAACUUUGAUUGAGGAGGAAGAUUUCACGCCUCGCACUUUCCUCGAGCGCAUGGCCCUGCGCCAGGCCCGCCGUGAGGAACGGAAUGGACGGCCCGAAGGCAUGGUCGCCAUCAGCGUCAAGAGACAACGAAAGCUCAAGAUGAAGAAGAAGAAGUACAAGAAGCUGAUGAAGCGUACGCGAAACGAUCGCCGGAAGCUGGAUAGGAUUUAAGGGGGCAUUUCACAUGAGCUGUCUCCUGUGUAUACAAGCAGCAAUUGUCUCUUCGCGCGUUGAGGGGAUUGCAUCCACAGGAUUCUCAUAAUACGGUGUUCGGAAGGGUCGAGAGUUACAAGUCUCCUUUGUCUAGGGAUCAGCAUCACGCUCUCAGCCUUGACGAGCUAGCAAUAGACUAUAUUGGGAAUGAUAUAAAUCUU